AUGGCGUUGAAGUUUUUGAACAAGAAAGGAUGGCACACGGGAAGUCUCAGGAACAUAGAAAACGUUUGGAAAGCAGAGCAGAAGCAUAACGCGGAGGAGAAGAAACUCGAUGAACUUCGUAAGCAGAUUCAAGAGGAACGUGAACGUAGCGAAUUUCGUCAGCUUCAGGAAAAAGCUGGCCUCGUCCCUCACCAGGAGAGGUUGGAGUUUUUAUAUGAUUCGGGAUUGUCCGUUGGUAAGACUUCUGAAGGUUUCAAGGCCCUUGAAACUGUACCCAAAUCUGAUGCAACAGAUGCACCUUCCUCUUCUGCUUCUAAGGAUGCAGGUGUUCCUGGAGCUUUAUUUGAGGACAAGCCUCAGUCUGCGAAUGAUGCUUGGAGAAAGCUCCAUUCGGAUCCCUUGCUGAUGAUUCGACAGCGUGAACAGGAAGCACUUGCUAAGAUUAAAAACAAUCCUGUCAAGAUGGCCAUGAUUAGAAAAUCAGUUGAAGGGAAGGAACACAAGAAGAAAGACCACAGUAAGAAGGAAAAAAAGAAGCAUCGAUCGAAAUCAAAGCAUAAAACACAGUCUGAUUCAGAAGAUGACAUUGCUGAAAGGAGAAAAAGAAGGGCCAGUGAUGAAGACUUUGACAAGAAACAUCACAAGGCUCAAUCAGAUUCAGAGAAUGAAUCAAGUGAAGGAGAAAGGAGGAGGAGGGUUCACUAUGAGGACAAAAAAUACAGAGAAGGAUCACCUAGUCACCAUCGGAGUCAAAGUGAAGUCAAAGAUUAUAAAGAUGCUGAUAACAGAAGGAAGAAUCAUUAUGAAGACAGAAAAUACAGAGAAGGAUCACCCAGUCACCACCGGAGUCAAAGAAAAGUCAAUGAUUAUAAAGAAGAUGCUGAUGACAGAAGGAAGAAUCAUUAUGAAGACAGAAAAUACAGAGAAGGAUCACCCAGUCACCACCGGAGUCUAAGAAAAGUCAAUGACUAUAAAGAAGAUGCUGAUGACAGUAGGAAGAAUCAUUAUGAAGACGGAAAAUACAGAGAAAGAUCACCCAGUCACCACCAGAGUCAAAGCAAAGUCAAAGACUAUAAAGAAGAUGCUGAUGACAGAAACGAUAACAAGUCAAAGUCAGGAAGAUAUGCUCCAGAAGGUCAGGCCAAUUUUGAUGUUUCUAAAAGGGAGAAUGGGAGCUUUCGAGAACCAAGCUCUACUAGAUCUUCUGCUACUUCGCUUGAGCGACAGUCGCGCUAUAAGCGGAGAAAUGUGGCUCCUAAGCUUUCAGAAGAAGAGAGGGCUGCUAAACUUAGGCAGAUGGAACUUGCUGCUGAGUUGCAUGAAGGGGAGAGAUGGAAACGUAUAAAGAAGGCUGAGGAGAUUGAUGCAAAAGAAGCAAUCCAGAAUACUAGUUCUGUUGGAAAGAAUUUCUUGGAUAAUGCUCAAAAAAGUAUAUAUGGUGCUGCAGAAGGGGGGAGUUCAUCAAUAGCCGAGAGCGUUCGACGGCGGACACAUUAUUCCCAAGGCAAAUCUGGAGGUGAAGGCAAUGCAUUUAGGCGGUAA